AUGGCCUGUAUAAUUCCUAAUUUGCGUAGAACCUUGUGCUGCUCCAAAAACAUCGGUAUUAUUCAAACAACUGCUUACCAUGCAAACGUUAUUGAUCACUAUGAGAAUCCUCGAAAUGUUGGAUCAUUGGAUAAAAAAGACAAAAAUGUUGGUACUGGUCUAGUUGGGGCUCCUGCGUGUGGAGAUGUGAUGAAGCUUCAAAUUAAAGUUGAUGAAAAUGGAAAGAUUAUUGAUGCAAAAUUUAAAACCUUUGGAUGCGGUUCUGCUAUUGCUUCUAGUUCGCUUGCUACAGAAUGGGUUAAGGGUAAAACUGUGGAUGAGGCUCUUAAACUAAAAAAUACUGAUAUAGCUAAAGAAUUGUCCCUUCCUCCAGUGAAACUACAUUGUUCAAUGCUUGCUGAAGAUGCUAUAAAAGCUGCUUUAUCAGACUACAGAAUCAAACAACAAGGCAAAAAUUAA